GGGCUCGUGGUAGCGGGGAGUGCCGUCGUGUAGCGGAAUAGAGGUGUUCCCUUAUAAAGACGCGUCUUUAUAACGCGCGGAGUGUUCUAGGAGCCUGUCUGGCUGCCGUCCGUCCCUUAGAUUGUAUUUCCCCUCUGACAUCCCACCGGCAGCCUGCCCUGCCUUCCCAGCCCGAGGCUGGAAGUGGAACGUUUGCAGGCGCGUUUGAAGGGAGGGCGAGGGGAAGCUCAGGGUGGGGGCAGAGGGGGCCUUGGAAGUGUAGCAAGCUCGGAGUCACUCCUUGCUGCAGUGACCGUGUGGUUUUGAUCCCUCGCUGAUCUUUUAUAGGCGCGUGUUCUUCGGAUUGACAUGAGGGAGUACCCACAGCAUUUGGUUUGCCAACAAAUGUCAGUCAUGGGUUAGCAAGGGUUGCAAGCAGCUGUUACGGAGAGUUGCAGUAGUGUGGAGUAAGAUUCCUUUUAGUGAACACUGGACAAAUAGAAAACUGGUAUACCCAAAACAAAAACAACAACAAAAGGAAGUUUUCUUGGUGGAAAGGAUAGCGAGCUGUGAAAUUGCUGUUCUACAGCAUGUCUGUGGUUAGUCUAUACUUUCCCCAUUUAGUGACUGCUUCAUUUUCUCCCAGUGCAUUACUUACACUCAGUGUUAGCUGGGUUGUCAGUAGACAGGCAGAGAGGCAGAAUCUCACAGCACAUUUGAAGAGGGCAGGGUACCCUUCUCACAGCUGAUAGCAGACAGUCGUCUGGCGAUGGGAUGUGCCUUGGACAUGGGUGAUACCUGGCGUUAUUUUCUCACUUGUUUCCUCUUCUGUUUGUAAGAGAGGGGGAGAAUCCCUGAAGUAUUUUGUCCAGGGCAGUGCCUUAAACAACGCCUAUCCCUGUGGCUCAGUGCAACAUCAAGCGAUAGGAUUGUAAGUACCUUAGUGGCUAUCUAGAUUCUCUCAAUAAGCAGCUGGAUAUUUUGAUACAUGCAGAGCUGGACUGCUGAAUAAACAGUGCUUUGAGGAAAAAAAGAAUCUGCAGUAAAAGAACAUCUGUACAUUUAAAUGAAGGCAAUAAGUGAUUGGCACUGAUGUUGAUGCCAUUAAAAUCCUUGGAAAUGUACACAAAUGAAUAACCUGCAGUUAAGGAUGUGCUAAAUAAUGUAGACAGCAGUUUCUUAUUUAAUCUUAUGCUAAUUGAUAUGAAAGAAAACCUACUGCUGUUACCAUUGCCUUUGCCAGCUCAUGGAGUUGCGCAUCACUUGUAUAAUCCUGGUGCAAACGCUUCCUCGGUACAUCAUGUGUUGGUAACAGAAACAGAUGCUUUUACUUGUCUGUUAACUUCCAAUGAAAGUUUUAUGGGAUCGUUCAGUUCUACUGAGGAAGAUUCAAAAUGACUUGGAGGCCUUGCCAGACGUUUGGCCAGGUAGGCUCAGUUUUGUAAAGUGAUCAAAGAAGGUGAGGAGGAGGGGGGAAUAUAACUAUGAAAAUAUUUGUAUGGAACUAGCGUAUAGAUAAAGGAGAAGAGAGAAAAGGAGACAGAAGAUUGGACUGCCAUGUACGUCAGGAUGAUGGUGUAAAUAAGUUUGAGUGUCCUGUGAGGUAUUGCAGGCUUGGAAGGUACCUGGGUGUGUUCUUUUUCAACUUGCAUAAGGGCUUUCAUUUCUUCAAGUUUGUAUUAAUGGUCUGGGCUGAAGCUCAGCUUCUCUUGCCUGGAAGAAACUGAAGAAGGUCUGCUGUGCUACAGCUUGAUUUUGUGGUUCUAUCAAAUACAACAUCACAUAUGUGUUGAGGCUGGCAGACCAAGUGGGAACUGACCAGAGAUGAGCAUAGACAGAGCAAGCAGAAAAAUGUAAGUCAUGGGUAACCUUUUUGUCUGAAUGUGGGGGAGGCCCUUUUAACUGUUCAGCUACAUCAAGCACUGCUUCACUAAACUUCAGUUUUCACUGUGUGUUUCUCACUGAGACACAAGCAGCGAUGCUAACAGAUUGAAAAUAAGAGUGGUUUUUUUUUCCAGUUCUGAUUCAAUAUAAAGGCAGCUUGCAGGAAUUAUGGCCUGUCCUCUUCAUAUCAAACACAGUAUUACCUUCCAAAAGAAACAACUGUGCCGUAGGACUGUAGAAUAAUCAAAACUGGGAAAACUGGUAAAGUAAAUCUGAAGGUCUGUUUUUCUUCACCGUGUCAGAUGCCUUGUGCCCCUCUGUUGAGCUGGGGUGUGAUGCUUCAAAAUAAAUGCUUGUCCUACGUAUGUUGUAACUGCAGUUUAGAAUGUCAAAUGUAGUUUCUAGUUAGAAAUGAGACCAAAGCCUCAUUUUUGUAAAGAUGCAUUUGUAAUGAAUGGCUAAUUUAGAACAAAGCGUACCCCAAAAAGGUGUGCAAAAACGUUUAAACAGGUGUAUUUGUGAGAUUGCCCAUUGGCCUGAAAAAUAUUGUCUCACUUGUGUAAUGUUUAUAAAGGGCAAGAAUGCGUAAUAUAUUGCAUUGUGUGAUUAUACAGGAAAAAAAGCUUUUUUGGGGUGGCAUUUUGUCAGUUUUGUUUCUUGGUGGGUUGCAUUUAACUGUGGGCCUGAGGAAGAGAUACAACAGGGUAGACCUGAAAAAAUGAUGUAAUGCUUCCCCAUUAACUUGAAACAUGUAAGAUCAAACUGCAAAGCUAACCAGUAUGAAAAAUAAAUGGGACCACAACACUGGAUAACACUGACUGCAAGGAGAAUUCUGUUAGAGAAGUGGUCUUUAGACAAUUCUUGAAUGUUUUCCAUGCACUGAUAAGAAAGACUGUACUCCAGUUUCUGUGCAUGAAGAUAAAACAUCCAGUUCUUAGGGACUCGAUGUGAUCAAAGACUUUCUUAUUUCAUCAGUGUGUGUGUAACAGUAGAAUUUUAAGGGCUACUCUGCACGUUUGGUUUGCAGCCCAAAGACUUGCUUGAGGGCUCGUCACUCUUACAGAUCUGUCAACCAGCCCCAUGGGGGCAAGCUACUGUAGUUAGAUCUAGUGCUCUCAGUCAAUUCAUUCAGCCUUUAGAGUCCAUGAAGAGACUGAAAGCAGGAUAUAUGCAACUUUAAACCAACCAUUUAUUAACUGAGAUAUGUGGUUGGUAACUAGGAGUAACUGAGCUACUAGGCAAAGUAUUAGCAUCCUAGUCAGCAUCUGGCUCAGCUUUGCUGGCCUGGCAGACAUCAGUAUUGAGGCAGUUCCUUGGAAGUCUCAUCCAAGGUUAUGCAGUUCUGCUGUAUCAAAACUCGACCUUGGAUCAUAGACAACUAAACCCCUGGGGAGAGGAUGUGCACAAAGCUGGCGUGUGAAUACUGCACUGAUUCCCUUAGGAGGACCCAGUGGAGAGUAACUGCAAGGUUAUUUGAUCUACUUUCAGAAUAGUUGGAUGUCUGCCGAAGAAGCUGUGCAAGUUAAGUGUGCUCUGCACUGGAUUUUUAACCACCAGUGUAUUUUUUUUUUGGGACAGAGACUGCAGUACCUUCGUCUGAGAGGUGCCACUUAAAGCUGCAGACUUAGUGGCAUAAAUAUUCAUUGGGUGUUACUAAGGUGACUGGCUUGACACAUCAGUCGUCUUCUAACUUAUCUUCUGUGAUAAAAUUAACUGAAUGAAUAACAGGACUAAGAACUUCCUGAAAUCCUCAUUUGAAUCAGUGUGUGGUACAGAAGAAGGUUUUUCUUCCAUCCAUCUGUGAUCUUUGCUUCCUGCUGUAGCAAAACAGGUUGCGUUGAGCUGUGAUUUCUUACAGCAGUGUUCUUUCCAAGUAUUCGACCUCAUGUGGGUAGAAUUUGCUGCCUCACUUACUGGACAGAAUUGCUUUGUUUAUUAAAAAAAAAAAAAAAAAAAAAGAAAGAAAAUAAUUAAAGAAAAUUGGAAACCAUUUGGUCAAAAGGUUAGUAGAUUCUAGUUUUGAAUGAGCAUCCUUGAAACUUUUUGAUGUUAAAUAGUAUAGUGUAUUUUGAAGCUAAGUGAUGAUUCUUGACAGUGUUGGCUGAGGAGUUUGUAGAAGCAGCUAUUCUAGUCUGCAUUGGAAAUGGCUUUGAUUUGAACCAAAGCUAAACCAGUUUAGUCCAUACUAGUAGAAAGUAGUCUCACAGUGAAGAUUCUUCUUUCUUGCCUUAAACAUCUCUUUAUACCUUGCUACUCAGGAUGUUAAUGUAUUAAUUUCCUGCCCUAUUAAGUUAUAGCUGACCUUUUUGUAAUGAAAUGAGCCUUUCUGCCAGUUUUCUUAUAUUGUUAAGAAAGUCUAAACCUGGUUUGUACUAAGCAUAAGAUGAACACAGCUAUUGCAAGUGAUUGCAGGAAGCCAAGUGCGUUGUGUAGACAUAUUAGGACAUAAUUAGCAAAAAGCAGAUUUUUACAUGACUUGAAUUUUAUUACCUUUUUAGACAUAAUACAUUUUCGUGUGGGCAAACAGUUACUGUAUAAUCAUUCCCUUUUGUGAGUACCUAAAGUUAAUUUACUUAUUUGCAUUUACGUCUGGGCGUUUUAUCAUGGAAGUAGUUAUGUUUAACAACCCGUUUACUGGCUGAAUAAUUCUUUCGUGCUGUUGUACCCAUUUCCCAGAGGCCAUCCAUGACUUUUCAGACACUAAUUUUUUUUUUUGAGAGGGUUCAGUGUUAUAUCUGUGACCAGAGGCUAACCUGAAGUUGAAAGAAACAGCGCAGAGAGAACGUGGAGGGUUUGAUCGAUUUGAAAUGCUCCACUUCUCCUGCAGUUCAAGAGAAUAAGGGAAGAUGGAUACAGCAGGUGACUUGCACCGUAGCUGAUCUUAACUCCACUACAGAAGGUGAGCAGCUUUUUAGCAAUGCUCACAAAGCUGCAUCACGUGAGUUGCCAGCAGAGCGUGUGAGAUCUGUGAAAGUGGCAGUGCCCAGUGGUUUCUGAAAGAUGUGGGAAGUGCAGGGGAGAGUAGCUCUAGCAUUUCUCAUACAGCUGUUGCCAAGAAACUCCAGUUGAACAUAAUCUCUUAUUGAUUGUGGUUUCCUUGGCUUAGUGAGUAUCUAAGUUAGGCCACAAAUUCAGUUUCUGCGAGCUGAUUCCUAUGUUAUGUAUCACUGGCCAUGACAACAAAGAACUUUUAUAGUGUGGAUUUUGUGGGGCAUGUUUGUUUCUGUUAUGGUAUAGUUACUGUGAGCAGAUGGAAACCACCCAGUGGAAUUGCGGUUGGAAGAUAAGUUAGAACUUCAAGCCACGUGCAUUGAAGAGGGAAAAAAAAACAGUAUGCUUAUGAGUAGGUAAAGGUGUGCUGCUAAAUAUUCUUAAUAGCCUUGUGUUAGGAGGAAAACACAGGAGCUGAGCUCUGUAGAAAAUGCAUUAGCUGUCAGUAUAAAAUGUUAUGUGAGCAGUGUAAAAAGCAAGGAGGUGACACGGGGUUGAUUUGUUCAUAGUAGUCCACCAUGGGGUGUGACUUGCCAGUGUCUGCUGCAGUGUCCCAUGGGCAGCAGAAGGGCCGGGAGGUGGCAGCAGGGGAAGAGCUGCUGAGUUCCUUGGGGGGAAUCCUGCCCAAACUGUCUGUUAACACCUUGCAUGUGUGUUUGUCUGGAAGGGACACUUGUGGCAGCUCUCACAGUGGAAAUCCCUUGUGAUAUUGAGGUGUGAUUCCUGAGAGCUGUUCUCACCUCUUUCCUAUUAAACAAUCUCUGGAGUUUCUCUCUAACUAUCUGGGGAUAUUGCUGUGAGGCUCUUGAGCUAAGAGGGCUGGACAUCCCUGUUUUAAAUAGCUUGCUAGAUCAUAUUUGAUGCUUGGAAGCACCCAGGUGUUUCCCAAAUGUUCAUCCUAUGGUACGCUCAGACCUUGAAUGGAAAAGACUAAACAAGCUUUGUGCAUGGGUGUGAUUUAACAGCAUGAGUUUCUCGUGCUCUCACUUGACCAUGACUCUAUGCUGCAGUAGUUACCUCCAACGUGUGAACAGUGCAGAAAGAAAGGCUGUGGGGUCUAAGAGUGCCAGUCGGGUCACUUUUCAUUUUCUAAUUGCCAGCAAUGAGUCAAUCAGAAUGCUGCCUUUUUGCAGAGAAGAAACAAGGAUGCUUAAACAUCGAAGCCAGUGAUAUCAAGGAAAUGAGAGACUAAGACAAGUCCUUGUUCUGCUGCCAAUCAGCAUUCUCAGUGACCUCAGACUACGUAGUCUCUAUGACAGGAGUCCUUUAGUUUUCAGCAUUAGCUCACUCCAUGUUUUCAUGCUCUCACAAACAAGAAACUUGAGGCAAAGAUAUUCAUCUUUUGAUCGUUAAUUCUUACUUGCAGGGUGUGAGGUUUAGGUGUUCAUCUUGAGUGGGAUGCUUUGAAAAUGGAAAGUGAAACAAUAUAUAUUUUUAAAAAUACUGUAUUUCUGGGAGUUUAUCAUGCAAUACAGGGUUUGGGGAUUUGAUUCCAAAAGCCUCAUUAUGUUGUGUCUUAGUUGCUGUUCGUAAGUAUCCUAGGAUAAAAUGUCUACUUGUAGUUUGUAAGCAGUAAACUGUACUAGCUACUUAAUUCUAUGUAUUUCUUUAUAGAACAGUUACCUUAACCAGUGCAGAAUUGCAGCAUUUACAGGGCCCAACUUGGGGAGUCUAUUCCAUUUGCCUUCAUCAGUGUAUGGGAACUGUUGAAUCACGGCCUGAACCUCUGAUUGACCACCUGAGGCAAGUGCUGAGUCAGCCACAGGGGCACAGGUGAAUGCAAUUUCACCUGAGUGACCGGAAGGGGUGGAGGCAGGCUGCACCUCUCCUACACCCCAUUUAAGGGUUGACUGCCAACGAGGAAGGAUCUCUAUCUGGAGAUCACUCCUCUUGGAGCCCUUCUGCGAGCCCAGGACACGGGUAAGCUCUUUAUUUCAUUACUCUUUUGUAAUGCAAUAACCUCUCUGGUCCAAUACCUGUAUACCUAUUUACCUUACAGUCUGUAUACCUGUUUGCCAUACAAUCAGAAAUGGAAGUUAUGGAAGUUUUGCUCACAAAGCAUGAUAAAAACACUGAGCUGGGUAGGAAACAAGUUUUGAAACAAACAAAACACAGAAGGCAAACUACAGUGUGUUAGAGUUUAACAAUAUACGCUGUAUCAUCAUCGAGGCUUCUUUUUUGCUUUCUUUAUCUCCACUUCUUUGAGCAGUGUUCUGAAAUUAGAUAGAACUAUCUGAAAAAUCGGGAUUUUUUUGGUCUGUUUAAACAAAUCAUUUAUCAAGAUUCUUCAACUGAGCAUUGCUAUUUUAUUAUCAGAGAUUAAAAAAUAUAUAUUUUUAAUUGCUCAUUUAAUGUCUCGCCUAGACUUCUACUUAAGCUCUUACUGCUCGUGUACUUCAAAAUAGAAUUUAAGAUGUUUGUUGUUUCUCUUCUCGUUAACAAUAUUAAGAUUGAAACUUUUUUUUGUGUGUGUAUUUCUAAUUGCUUCAGAGUUGUUGUAUAACUUUUAUUUUUCUUAUUAUAGUGUUAUUCUUCUAAUCCAUUGACCUGGAUUGAAGCAGAUUUGCUUUCUGGCUUUCAUGUGUCAGGAAACAUUUGUCUUUGCAUGUAGGGUAGGGUGAAUAAUGUAUUUUAUUAUUGCACUGUGGCCACUGAGCCAAAUAACUUCAAAUGCUUAUUUGCAUUGCUCUGACACAAAUCUUUGCCUAACUUUGUUUUUUGUGUUGGUAAGAAUUUUGGAGGGUCAAAUGAAAUAUAUUCUGUUUUCCUCUGAAGUAAUUUUCCUGGCAGCAGAACACGUGUGUUGCCCUGGCCUAUUGGUAUACAGAGGGGUGGCUGGAGCACUUCCCGGACCGUCUUGCUUUGGAGAUGGUCCAGAAGAUGAGAGAACACUGCUUGGUUUCCCUUCUCAGUCAGCCCCAGUGGGGAGAGGAGGCAUUGAGCCCCAGGCUUCAGCCUGGCUCCAUGUUAUACUGAAGGGUAUGCUAUGCACAAGGACGCACUGCUCUGGGAGAGACUACAACAGCUCUGUAUGCUGGACUGACUGCAGCAUGGAAGAUUGAAGGAGCGAGGAAAGCCUUUGCAUCCUCUUGGGUGGAGGAAGGAUUUGAACUUCCCCCUUUCCUGUCUGGGACCAAUAUCCUUUGGGCAAAAGGAAGCAGCUGGUGAUAACUUCGCGCUGCAAACUGUUGCUUGCUUUUUAGUUGAAAGUGCUCAGCAAGGAAAAGGAAUGAAGAAAAUGAGCAACAUCUAUGAAUCAGCAGCUAAUACCCUGGGAAUCUUUAACAGCCCAUGCCUGACAAAAGUGGAGCUGCGGGUUGCAUGCAAAGGCAUAUCAGACAGGGAUGCCCUCUCAAAACCAGACCCUUGUGUCAUCCUUAAAAUGCAGUCACAUGGUCAGUGGUUUGAGGUUGACAGGACAGAAGUGAUUCGAACCUGUAUAAACCCCGUCUUCUCCAAGCUUUUCACGGUGGACUUCUAUUUUGAGGAGGUGCAGCGACUGCGAUUUGAAGUCCAUGACAUUAGCAGCAAUCACAAUGGGCUGAAGGAAGCAGAUUUUCUUGGUGGCAUGGAAUGCACUCUUGGACAAAUUGUUUCCCAGAGGAAACUCUCCAAGUCCUUACUCAAACAUGGGAACACAGCAGGGAAGUCAUCUAUAACAGUGAUAGCUGAGGAAUUGUCUGGCAAUGACGACUAUGUUGAACUUUCAUUCAGUGCACGGAAAUUGGAUGACAAGGAUUUUUUCAGCAAAUCUGAUCCUUUUCUGGAGAUUUUCCGGAUGAAUGAUGAUGCAACCCAACAACUUGUUCACAGGACUGAGGUUGUGAUGAAUAACUUAAAUCCAGCCUGGAAGACCUUUAAAGUGUCUGUAAAUUCUCUGUGCAGCGGAGACCAGGAUCGCAGGCUAAAGUGCAUAGUUUGGGACUGGGAUUCCAAUGGAAAACAUGACUUCAUUGGAGAAUUUAGCUCAACUUUCAAGGAAAUGCGAGGAGCUAUGGAAGGGAGACAGGUGCAAUGGGAAUGCAUUAAUCCCAAGUACAAAGCAAAGAAGAAGAGUUAUAAGAACUCGGGCAUCGUCAUCCUUAACCAGUGCAAGAUCCACAAGAUGCAUUCUUUCUUAGAUUAUAUAAUGGGAGGCUGCCAAAUACAGUUUACGGUAGCUAUAGAUUUCACUGCGUCAAAUGGUGAUCCUAGGAACAGCUGCUCACUGCACUACAUCCACCCCUAUCAACCCAAUGAGUACUUGAAGGCUUUGGUAGCAGUUGGGGAGAUUUGCCAAGACUAUGACAGUGACAAAAUGUUCCCAGCCUUCGGAUUUGGAGCAAGAAUACCCCCAGAAUACAAAGUCUCUCAUGAUUUUGCAAUCAAUUUCAAUGAAGACAACCCAGAAUGUGCAGGAAUACAAGGUGUUGUGGAGGCUUAUCAGAGCUGCCUUCCAAAGCUGCAGCUCUAUGGGCCAACAAACAUUGCUCCCAUCAUCCAGAAGGUGGCAAAAUCAGCAUCAGAGGAGACCAACACCAAGGAAGCCUCGCAAUAUUUCAUCUUGCUCAUUCUGACGGAUGGCGUCAUCACAGACAUGGCUGACACCAGGGAGGCCAUUGUCCAUGCCUCCCACCUUCCCAUGUCAGUCAUCAUCGUCGGGGUGGGAAACGCUGAUUUCAGUGACAUGCAGAUGCUGGAUGGCGAUGAUGGGAUCCUGAGGUCUCCCAAGGGCGAGCCUGUGCUUCGAGACAUUGUCCAGUUUGUGCCAUUUAGGAACUUCAAACACGCCUCCCCGGCUGCUCUAGCAAAAAGCGUUUUGGCCGAAGUUCCAAACCAAGUCGUGGACUAUUACAAUGGCAAAGGGAUAAAACCAAAAUGUGUGUCAGAGUACGAGUCUUCCAGGACACUAGCUCCAUGAACCUGCCUGCACUCUUUUACAAAACUAAAAGAAAAAAAAAAAAAAGAGAGAGAGAGAGAAAUGCUACUGUCUACAACUACUGUACUUAAAAAUGAAACAAACAAAAAGAAUAGCACGUUUUGGUGAUUUUUAACUAAAAUAACCUUUUUGUUUGUUUGUUUGUUUUUUGCAUGUGUAGCCCAAAGGCUUAAACCUGUUAAGCGGUGGUAUUGUUGACAACUUUUUAUGAGGAAAAAACGUCCAGGAAAAAAAAAAACAAAAAACAAAAAAACAAAAGUGAACUCUUUACAUUGCAGCAUGUCUCCUUGAAAUAAGAAGUUAUCUGUAUCUGUUUUUUAUACAGGUUUGUUGAAAUUUUGCUAAAUUUCUUAUCUUUACACUAUAAAGCAUUUUGAAAUAUUUAUUGAGAGUCGAUAGCCAAAGUGUAUUUGGUUUAAUCUGCUAUGAACUGAGAGAUUUUUCAAAAUGGCAGAUGCAUGAACUGUAUUUUGCAUGUUUAAAAUAAAAACAACACAAUUUUGCA